AUGCACGCCGCGACCGCACGCCCGACCGUCACCGCGCGCGCCUCGAGCGCGCGCGCGACGAAGAACCAACGCACCGUUCGGUGCGCGGCCGCGCCGAGCGCGAAGCGCGUCGAGACGGAACAAAAGGUUGCGCUGAGCGCCGCCGCGGCGAGCGUCGCCGCGCAAAUCGUGUCCGCGGCGCCGGCGUCCGCCGCCGUCGUCGAGGCGGUCGGCCAAGUGGCUGAGGGUGAACCGUUCAUCGUGCAAGUGGCGUGGGCCGCCAUCAUGGCGACGUUUUCCUUCUCCCUCGCCUUGGUCGUCUGGGGUCGUUCCGGGCUGUAA